GAAUAAUAUAGCAGCAGUAGGCAUCUGCAGUGUGCCGCCGACUGCGUGUUGUGAGAGAGAGACCGAGAGAGAGAAUCGAGGAUGCAUUUGAGCGAGAACGAAGGCAUAGAAGGAAAGACCUUCGUGGUGACAGGGGGUUUAGGUUAUGUUGGCGCUUCUCUCUGCUUUGAACUAGUUCGUCGCGGUGCUCGCCAAGUUCGUUCCUUUGAUAAUCGAUCAUCUUCUCCCUUCUCAUCAGAUCUCCUCACCCAUGGAGUCCAAUGCAUCCAAGGAGAUGUAACACACAAGGAAGAUGUUCUUAAAGCAUUGCGAGGAUCGGACUGUGUUUUUCACAUUGCUUCAUAUGGGAUGUCUGGGAAAGAGAUGAUUCGAUAUGGAGUUGUUGAUGAUGUAAAUAUCAAUGGAACUUCUCAUGUAUUGGAAGCAUGUAUAGAGUAUGGGAUAAAGAGGCUUGUUUAUGUUAGCACAUACAAUGUCGUAUUUUGUGGAAAUGAGAUUCUUAAUGGGAAUGAGACUUUACCUUAUUUCCCAAUAGAGUCUCAUGUUGAUCCGUAUAGCCGGAGUAAAUCUAUCGCUGAGCAGUUGGUUCUUAAGAGCAAUGGCCGUCCAUUCAAGAAGAAGGAUGGGAACCUGUACACAGCCGCUAUUCGCCCUGCUGCUAUAUAUGGACCACAAGAAGAGAAGCAUAUUCCCAGAUUAGUAACUGUUUCAAAAUGGGGCUUGCUUCCUUUUACAAUUGGUGAUGAAAAUACUAAAUCAGAUUGGGUAUAUGUGGAUAACCUGGUAUUGUCACUAAUAUUGGCUAGCAUGGGAUUGUUGGAUGAUAUACCUGGAAGGAGCAAACAACCAGUAGCAGCUGGACAAGCCUAUUUCAUAUCAGAUGGGUUUCCAGUCAACAGUUUUACAUUUCUUGGUCAGCUACUCAAGAGUCUGGAUUAUGAUAUGCCAAAGAGAUCUGUAUCCUUGCCUUUUGCCCUUUUCCUGUCAAAGAUAUUCUUGGUCAUUUACUCUGCCUUGUAUCCAUUGUUGGACCGUUGGUGGCUUCCUCCACCAUUGAUGCUUCCUGCUGAAGUGUACAAGGUAGGUGUUAAUCAUUAUUGCUCCUUCUUAAAAGCAAAAGCUGAGCUUGGCUACUUCCCUAUGGUAAGUUCCCAAGAGGGAAUGGCAGCAACAAUCGCGUAUUGGCAGGAGAAGAAAAGAAGAUCUCUUGACGGGCCAAAGAUACACGUAUGGCUGCUAGUUAUAAUCGGAAUGAUUUCAACUUUUGCUGCUGCAUAUCUGCCAGACAAUGGAAUCGUAUCGCCAUUGAGACGAAUCAGUCUACUGAUCUUCAGGACAAUUACGGUUGUAAGAUGGGUUUUCAUUACAGCUUUAGGCUUACAUAUUGGCGAGGGAAUAUAUGCAUGGAAGUUAGCCAAGAAAGUGGAUCCUGCUAAUGCAAGAGGCUGGUUUUGGCAGACUUCUCUGUUGGGGAUAUUUUCUCUUCAAUAUUUGUUAAAGAGAGCAAAAGCAUCAAAGAAUGAAUAAGUAAUUCGUGGGGUGACUUUGUUAUAACUAUAUAUAUAUAUAUAUUCCUUAACCAAGUUUGCUUAUAAAUGUGGCUGUGGAAUAAUGUAACAAAUGAGUGGUUCUGAUGUAAGUGUUGUAAUUAUACACGCUUAUGGUAUUGUGAACUUUCAAAAUAAUUAAAUAUGCUUCAAAUAACUUUAUUA